UGUAGAGCGUACCGCAAGGCUUGCAUUCAGUGAUUUCCGUCUUGUUGGUCCAUUCGUAGCAGUCUGCCGUGAGUCGAUCCAGAGGCUCCAGUGCGGAACAUUGACGCCACCGUCAGCGCAUGCCAAAGCUCGAGUACCUCACUCACAAGGACAUACGCUGGAAUGUUUGAUAAGUAAAAUUUAUGAGGCGCAGCGAAAAGAUCCGAAAGCAGCUCCGAUUGUUGGCCAGGCAUGUUAUCAUGAAGUCAUGCGAAUCGCUGAAUUGCAAACGGAAGAUUUCCACCUGGAUCGCCCACUGUUCUUUGCAUGCCGUGAAGAUCGUGAGUUGCUCUGA